AUGGAACGCUCCGUGAGCCCAUCUUCGGAUACUGAUGUUUCUUUCAACGUGAGCACCUCGUUGGCUCCGCCACGCAUCAAUAAACUCCCGGGGACUACCUCCGUCACAUUCGAUGGAAGUUUAAAAGAACCACUCUUCCUGAAGGAAGACCUGAAAAAUGGCUGUGGAGGUCAAUUGUGGCCAGCUGGAAUGGUCUUGGCUAAAUAUAUUCUUCAUCGAUAUCCCUCGGAAUUAUCUGAUAAAUCUAUUGUGGAACUUGGGGCCGGAGGUGGACUGGUUGGGCUUGCAGUCGCCCGCGGAUGCAAGAUCGGAUCACCUAUCCACAUCACGGAUCAACAGCCUAUGUUCUCCCUCAUGAAUGACAACAUCAAACUAAACCAUCUCGAGUCAAUGGUGACAGCUUCGAUUCUCAACUGGGGGGAACCCGUUCCCGAGCAUAUUCCAUCGAAACCCGAGGUCAUCCUUGCUGCCGAUUGCGUCUAUUUUGAACCCGCUUUUCCUCUCCUCAUAGCCACACUCCAAGACUUGCUAGGCCCAGACUCGGUUUGCUAUUUCUGCUACAAACGACGCAGAAGAGCGGACUUAAGGUUUAUGAAAAUGGCGAAGAAGACAUUCGACGUCGUAGAAGUUCGGGAUGAUCCAGAUGCCCAGUCCUACAACCGAGAAAACAUAUCCCUCUUGACCAUCCGGAUUAAGUCAACAAGGCACAUGAAAAGAGUCGAGCCAGGACGGGAACAAGAUGGCACAUGA